UGUGUGUUCAGCGCUGACUCAACACUCUCCAUUAGGUGGCAGGCAUGCAGCACCAGGAAGAAGAAGAAGAUGAUGUGUUUUUAACUUGAAAGGCAUAACUUGAGAGACGUCUUCAAUUAAAAAAUCGACAAUCUACUAUCCAAGGGAUCCUGCUCGAAUUAUCUGGGAAACUCGACUUAACUCACUUUAAAUCACUUUUUCGCCUUUUUUCCUGGAACAGUAACACGAAGAGGAAACUGUCGGUGGUGACGGCACAAUGGGGAUCACUAAACUGGCUGAUUUAAUACGCUCAGAUGCUCCUGAUGCCAUAUCGUAUAAGGAUAUCAGUGACUACACAGGAAAAGUAAUCGCACUCGAUACCUUUAUUGUUGUAAAUCAGUUCCGUGCAGCAACGCCUACACUGAGCCCCCUCACAGGUCUCUUCUUUCGCACACUCACUUUCCUGGAACAUGGCAUAAAACCGGUCUUUGUGUUUGAUGGAAAGCCUCCUGGAGAAAAGAAGGCUGUUCUUGAGAAGCGAGCCCAGACAGCAGGUAGAAAUUACUCAAACUGGACGGGCACAGCGUCAUUACAGACUAAAGAAUGUCUUCAGCUCCUGAAGUAUCUUGGUGUACCUGUUAUCCAGGCUCCAGGGGACGCUGAGGCACUGUGCGCUCAGCUGGUGAGAGAGGGAACUGUGCACGCUGUGGCGUCAGAGGACAUGGACACGCUGCCGUUUGGAGCCAAUAUUCUUAUUCGUCAGCUGAAUGCAAAGAAGGACAGUGAAGUCAUUGAAUACUCCUUACCUAAACUAUUAGAAAAACUCCAAAUUGGUCAUAAGGAGUUUGUUGACUUGUGUAUUUUGCUCGGCUGCGACUACUGUAAAAAGAUACCCGGUUUGGGUCCUAAGAGAGCUCUGACCCUGAUCCAGAAGCACCGUACCAUAGAGGAUGUGGUUUUGCAUAUCAACAGAAAGACCCAUCCUGUUCCAAAUAUGUGGAAAUACAGAGAAGCAAGGAAGAUUUUCUUGGAUGGACCACAAAGCUCAGCUCCCGAGCUCAUCUGGACCGAGCCAAAUGAGGAGGCCUUGGUUGAGUUCCUCUGUCACACCAAACGAAUUAAGGAGGAGAGGAUCCGUAAUCGAAUGGUGAAGUUCCGUAUGAUGCGGGAAAAUAAACGGGAGGAGAGGGAAAAGGAAAAGGCAGAGGGUGGUGGGAAGCAGACUUGCAUUAAGGACUUCUUUAGGGUUACCAGAAAGCGAGUGCAGCCUGUGGACAAUGCAAGCUCCCCAACCAGCAACAGAAAGAGACCAAAGUCAAAAUAAGCAUGUGCCAGUUGUCUACGCCACAAGGAUGGGAGUGUUCAUCUCUCAGUUCAUCUCUGUCUGGACAUCUCAAAAAAUUAUGGACCAUUUCAACAUGCGGCUUAUCUGUCAUCCCAAUCUUGAAUAUGCACCAUAAGAGAAAUGUUAUUCUGUUCAUUUGAUCUUGGGUUACGGUAAUAUUUUUACAAAUGUAAAUAUUUUUAUAGGAAAAAAAUCUUUUUUUACAGGAUUUCUUAUCAAAGUGCCUUUUACUUUUUAAGAAGAACUCAAAAUAGGCAUCACACAAGACAGCUCCUCUGACAGUACAGUAAAGUGAUCUCAUGUGAACAGUAUGAUCCACAACAAUGGAUAUCACUGGGUAGUUCUUCAGUGUGUCCAGCAGUUUCCUGCAAAGCCACCAAGAAAAGCAGAGCAGGAGGUGGAUGGCUAUGAAAGGGAACAGUGUGAUCACUGUCAGGGAGGCCAAAACUGGAGACAGCGGAUGUCUCAUCUCUAGAUAUUCAAUGAGCACCUGUUGUGUAAAGUGUGCCAAGGCAGGGACCAAAGACUUGAAUAUUAAAACAUGUACAAGUGGUAUCAUGUCUAAAGGAGACACUGAAGUGUUUAAAUAAAUGCAAAAAU